UUUCGUCAAGGAUGCUCCAGCAACCGCUGCUCGAGCUCGGGCCCGAGGACCGCCACCUGGUCACCAAAGCCGCGUGGCUCGUCGAAGACGCCUUUCGCGGCUUUGAGAAGCCGCAUCCGGACGCCACCGUGCGCGCCGUGCAGCUCCUCAAGCUCUACUACCGGCUACGCUACGUGCGCUAUUUCGCCGUCACCGUCCUUCUCUCGCUCUCGUACAUUGAGACGCCGUAUUGGUGCGCCAACAGUGGCGACCACCCGUGUGGCGACCCCGACGACGCCACGACGCCGCUGACGUUUGACAUGGCGUGGCUCUCGGGCCGGCAGUCGAUGGCGGUUGAAGUCGCCUGUCUCGCUAUCAUUUGGGGCAACGACAUGCUUCUUCUCUCGUCGCUCAAGCGCAAGUACGCAGCGCGUCGCGACCGGCUCGCCGUCUCGCUGCUGUACACGGCCGCGACCGUCAACGUUGUCGUGCGCCUCGCUGGGAACUUUGCCGAUGCCGGUCGCGUCGCAUCGUUCUUCCGCCUCUUGAUCUUCGUUUCAUCUCUUCGAUCCGCGCGGUCGACGUACCAAAAGCUCUACUUUGUGCUCGGCGAGGUCGGCAACCUCCUCUGCCUCGUGGGGAUUUACGUGCUCUUUUGCGGCUGGCUCGCGACGAUUCUCUUCCGGGACACGCCGCAAGCCGCAAUCACGUCGUCGUUUCUCGAGUCCUCGUGGCAGCUGCUCAUUCUUCUCACGACGGCGAAUUUUCCCGACGUCAUGAUGCCCGCGUACGCAAUGCACCGCGCGAACGCCCUCUUCUUCAUUUGCUUUGUGUUUUUCGGGCUCUUCUUCCUCAUGAACGUCAUUUUGGCCCAAGUCUUUUCCAACUUUCAGUGGGUGGCGUCGCGCGAAGCGGCUACGCACGCUGCCAACCGCGACCGGCUUCUCACCAAAGCCUUCCGCACGCUCGCCGCUGUCCAGAAAAGCCACACCAACGACGAGAGCGAAGACGAGCACAUUGCAUUGGAUCUUCUCGUGUGCUUCUUCACCGAGCUCAACCAGUACAAGGUUAUCAAGGCGCUCAAGAAGCGGCACAUGAAGGACCUCUUCCACCAACUCGACGAGAACGACGACGGCCGCGUGUACGUGGCGCAGUUUAUCGAUAUUUGCGACGUCAUGCGCGCCUACAUGAGCCUUCAUCGCCCCAAGCCGAGCGAAGUCGACAUGUUGUUUCCGGCACUGGCGUCGUCGCCCCGCUAUCAACGCCUCUGCACCUACGUGACGCACCGCUGGUUUGAACUCUUCUUUGACGCGCUCCUCGUCAUCAACGCGAUCGUGAUCGUCAUCGAGUUUACGACGGAUAUCGACAAUUUCUCCAUGUCGGGUUCGUGGUCGCGGUGGGAAGCUGUUGCGACGUGCUUCUCGUGCCUCUUUCUGCUCGAAAUGCUCCUCAAGCUCCUCGUGCUCGGCGUCCGCGAGUAUUGGUACUCGGGGAAGAACCGGUUUGACGCGCUCAUCACUGUCGCGUCCUUGACGAUCGACAUUUACGCGUAUAUUCCCAACGCGUACAACAGCCAUACCAUGGUCAAAGUCCUGCUGCUCGUGCGCUGCUUGCGUCUCCUCCGGCUCAUCAUGGCCGUCAAGCGGUACAACGUGAAGCGGUGACUGUCGAUCCUCAUUCGCGCUGGUGUAGCUACCGCGUGCUCUUCUCAGCAUGGCUGCGACUCCUUCCUGUCGGCAAGAACAUUCUGCUCGUGCUCUUUUGCAACAUGAACCUCUUCGCCCUUGUGGGGCACCACCUUUUUGGCGGCAAAAUCUCGCCGGCGACGAUGGACGCGCGCUAUCCCAAUGUGUCGUAUACCGUGAACCGGUACUAUGCCAACAACUUUAACGACAUUCCAAGCGGCAUGGUGACGCUCUUUGAGCUCCUCGUUGUCAACAACUGGUUCGUCAUCGUCGAUGGCCACGUCGCCGUCACGACCAUCUACGCGCGCUUCUUCUUCAUCAGCUAUUGGAUCGUUGGCGUCAUUGUGACUCUCAACCUCUUCAUUGCGUCGAUCCUCGACGCCUUCCUCGCCGAGUACGUUCAAGAGCGCACGAUCGAAGCAGACAUGCAACACGGCGACGACGACGAAGUGUCCCUACGCAAGAGCCUCUCGCGGCGGCAGCUUGCAGCGUCGACGCGAGCGCAGCACCUCGCCGAGACUGGCGACAGCCACGAGACGGACGAGAACUCGGAGCAAGCGCGCGUGUGAGGAGCAUCAACAGUCAACGACGUGAUUUGUUUACUAUAGUACACGCUAAUAAGGGCUCUAGUCGUCCGUCGUCGUCGUCUAUGGCGGCGGGAGAGAUGGAGGAGAUUGUGAUAAAUUACGCUGCGUCGCCGCCAAGGCAAC